GAGCUGCCGAUUGGUUCCACUGAUCCAGUGUGAUUAUUGCCCUCUCUUGUUUCACAUGGACUGUGUGGACCCGCCUCUCACUGCCUUCCCUACAGGCAGGUGGAUGUGUCCCAACCACAUCCAGCACCUGCUAAACCAGAAAAGCUUGACCCUUAGCAACCGUUGCCAGCUGUUUGACCAGUUUCAGGACCGCAUAUCCCAGCAUGCAGUAAAGGUCGACUUCCUGCAGCAAAUACAUCGGCCACACCCCCCGUUUUGGCAGUCAACUCACACACGAAGGAGAAAGACACUGAAGGUUCCUGAUGCUGUAAAGUCACAGUACCAAAAUCCACCUAUCCUAAUGCCCACAGCUGGAAUCCGUGAAGGGGAAUUGAUCUGUACUGGUGUUCCAGAACCUUGUGUUCCGCAGUACUUAGCCAGUGAAGACGAACAACGACAGUGGCUCAAAGAUGUCAUCUCGCUACAGUGCAACAUCAUGAAGCAUUUAUGGAGAAGGCAAACAUCAUCUACAUGGGAAUCAGAACAAACAGAAAAGACAGAUAUGAAACUCAGCAGAGACUCCUGCCAGAGUGCUGUCUCGCAUGGCUCCCAGUACGUUGUACACAAAGUGGUCUGUAGCUCAUGUACUGAUGGGCUGUGUCAGAACUGUAGGACCACAAAUGGCCCAGUAGACCGGUUAGUUCAGCCCAAUGGGGUGCAAGGUGCUGUUAGAACCCAAGGGAAGACCACAGACCAUGAAAAAACACACACAACCACCCUUACUCCACCAAAUCACACCAGCUCUGAUUCUGUUAUCAAGACUGAGGAUUCCAGCUUAAAGUCCUGUAGGGGCAUAGAGGUUGCUCCUCCUGCAUGUGUCAAAUUUGAGCCCAAAACUCCACCAUUAGACCACAAGAAAUCCCUACCAACCUCCGAGGCUUCAGCAACUGGAAAACUCUCGGCUUCUCCUGCGAGUACAGGAGCAAAGGUUAUUAAGCAACCAAAAAUCACCACAGACAUCGGGUCAAGCUGCCAGAGAUCAUCUUCUGCUUUGUUUGGUGGAAAGGUGAGUGUUGACUCCAUCACAGCAGGUGGUAGGAACGUGUUCUCAUCAACAGAACUCCCUGAUGUGUCAGAGCUGUCAGGCCGAAUAAAGGACAUCAUGCAGGGCAGUGGAGAAGUUGAACUCAACUCGUUGGAUGAGAGGUUUAUCAAACUCUUGGCCUGGCAGAGGAUUCAACAGCUCUUUGAAUCAAAAACCUCUCCUGUUCAAAGUAGCCCACUCCUCUUGGUGUCACUCACUCACAGAAAACACAGUGAAGCCCAAAAUAGGGAGGUGCAGGCAAAAGCUUCAUUCUGUCCGGUCUCGGGAAAGGGAUCAGCUGUCAGCAUGUGCUACCGGAGUCUGUACAUUGGGACGGGUGCUGAUAUGGAUGUGUGCCUUACAAAAUACGGUCAUUGUAACUAUGUUUCAGGGAAACAUGCCUGUAUAUUUUAUGAUGAGAACACAAAGCAGUAUGAAUUGCUGAACUAUAGCGAGCAUGGGACAAUAGUCGACAAUGUGCUAUAUUCUUGUGACUUUUCUGAGAAGAUAAGCCAGACCCCGUCUAGCAGCCUUCUUGCCAAAGUUCAAAAUAUUAUCCGUCGCUGCAAGAAAAAGGAUCAGGAGGACUCUGUGGCUACUGUAUCAGAGGGUGGAGUAAUGAGUUGCCAAUCUCAAGAUGCUUCCAUCACUCCGUGUAACUGUAAGAGCAGCGGCUCAAGUCUGAUUGGAGGUAGUGGUGCUGGAUGGGAAGGCACUGUGCUCCUUCAUCAUGGGAGCCACAUAAAACUGGGCUGCUUGCAGUUUAUCUUUAGCAUCACAGAGUUUGCCAGCAAAACGCCUAAAGAGGAGAUCACAACCUGUAGCCUCACUCCUACUUUUGGCAAACAGGGGGAGCAGUUGAGCAAGGCCACACCUCCGCCACCGCUCCAACACAACCUUGUAAUUUAAUCUCUACAGCACUUACCUGCCUCUACGUUGAACUGUACAGAGUUUAAACGGUUUCCUACUUAUUUAAUUCUUUAUACACUUGCAUGAGGUGAGGUGUUUUUAUAAUAUUUUCUUUCAGAGACUCUUUUGGCAGGUUGCACAUAGAUUUUUGUGUUCUUUUCUCAAUGCAAAAGAUGAGAUCUUUGAACUUGCAUUUUUAAAGGGAAACGUUGAUCAUCCUCAGUGCUUGGAGAACGAAUAAGCAGUUUACACGUGUAAAGAAAUUAAAACAUGUUCUAUUUUGUGCCAGUAACAAUAGUUUUUAUAUAAACAUGCCUUUUUUUCAUGAGACGGAAGCUUUUAUUUAUGUACUGUAUCUGGUGUAUAGUCAGACCUGGCGUUCAUUUAACCCAACACAUUCGAAGAAACUCAUGUAAAUAUUUGUAAGUAUUCUUGUAAAUAGCCAUGUUUCCACACGCCCAUGACUUCAGUGCACAUAGGUGCUCCGAUUUGUAUUAUUUCUGUAGUGUGCCAUUUUAAUGUUCAGUCCUUUUAUGUGUCUGUUUCAUGUGCUAUAUAAUUACAAUUUUCACUAGUUUUUUGUGUCAAACUAUGUAAAUACAAACCAGAUUUUAAAUAACACACUUUAGAA